CUUGCGUAUCUGAAAUACACCAAAACUACAUUUCUCACUAAUGAACACUUCUGGGAACGAUUCCAUUCCUCUUGAGACCAAACAUAAAAUCAUUCGUAUCAUAAGUAAUAACGUCGUAAGAAGCAGGAAAAAUCGGUUUAUUAGAUUGUAAAUAUUACAUUAAGCUUCUACUCGUGCUUUCAACAUUUGCUUUCUUCUUCCAUUAUGUUUGGAUUCAAUAAGCCUGCUUCGACAGGUUUCGGUAUAGGUAAUCAAGGAAAUACGUCUACUACUGGAAGUAAUCUCUUCUCACAACCUCCCUCCUCGUCGACUGCAGCCCCCAAUUCGCAGCCGGCGUUUGGCAGUGCUGGAGGUGGUCUUUUUGGUCAACAAAAGCCUGCACUAGGUACGACAAAUCCACAAAGCGGAGGACUUUUUUCUCAGUCAACAACCGCUGCCCCUGCACCAGGUAUCCAGGGAACAGCACCUACUGGCGGUUUAUUGGGACAAUCACAACCAUCAACAAGCGGAUUUGGUGGUGGUGGUGGUGGUUUAUUUGGUAGUAAACCUUCUGGCACAGGUCUUUUUGGGCAAGCUCAGCCUUCCUCGGCUACAAAUCAACCCUCUACGGGUUUGUUUGGACAAACACAACCUUCUACUACUCCAGGAACUGGGUUAUUAGGCCAAUCACAAUCAACAACACAGCCAAGUGGUGGCUUAUUUGGUCAAAAGCCUGCACAAGAAGGUGGAUUGUUCGGACAAAGUCUCCAAAAACCAAAUACUUCUCUCUUCGGAUCCACAAAUAAUCAACAACCGAAUGCACAAGCUCUUUCUACUCCUUCCAUUCAUCCCACAACUCGCUAUUCCAGUCUUGAUCCGAACGUUCAGAAAUUCCUUGAUGAUAUGGACAAAGAGAUUUUCACGCAGAUCCAGCUCGCCGAAGAGUUGCAGACAAAGUCCUCAGAUGUUACCGAAUUAGUUAACUCUGUUCCUUUAGACAUAGCCGAAGUAGAACGCCGCUUAUCUUCCGUUUCUACUGCUCUACUUACUGAUUCUGAUGAAAUGGAGUCAACGAAAAAACUUGUAGAAAAAGACACUACGAAUGCACGAAUUAGCUCUCGUAUAUUGGAUCUUUUUAAAACUCCCGGCGCUAUAUACCCUUAUACUUCUAAUGAUCCUUUGAUGUCUUAUUUCGAGGAUUUCGUUGACGAUGCUGAUAAGCGUACUGCAUUGUAUGCUUCCACUAUUGCUGAACUCGAACAGCAUUUGGAACAGGUAGAGACCACCCCUCAAAACAAUAGCCCUGAUGCAUUACUCCGAACCAUUAAAGAAGAGCACAAACUUUUCAUGGUAUUGAGCAAUCGAUUUGCACAAGUACAUGAUGAAGUCAAGAGAUUACAAGUCAAUAAUUCUACAGCACCAAUGUUUCUCUCUUAGAUGAAGUUGAUUCUCAUAAUAAAUACUUAAAACAAGGGAAAUGAUAACGGUUUAUCUUAAUAAGAUUGUCUGAGACUAGUAGCCGUGUCUUUCAUCCAAGAAGUGUUCAAGACACUAGCAAUAUCCCAUCUUUUUUCAGCAUCCGGAUCCAGCAUGCCCUUUAUAGCAGUCCUAGAUUUUUCUGGUAAAGAAUUAAUCAGUUCAAUCUCGAGCGCUGGGUUCUUCAUUUGAUUUAAGAAUGUUUUAAAUCUUUUAUUGGAUUCAUCUGGAGCUUUCCAAGGGAAUUUCUGUAAUGUUAAGCAACUUUGAAAUGUUAGUAAACAAGUCGUAAAGAUUCCACAUACCAAUAUACGACAGCACAUGACCAGACAUCAACUGCACGAGGAUCAUACAGUUUAUCACUUAAAACCUCCGGACUAAAAACUGUUAGACAAACCUAUUAUUCCAAUAGAAAUUACAAAGACUUACGCUACAUAUGGUUUUGACCCGACUAAUCCCUCUGCUUUAAGCAUAGUAGAUUCCAGAGGGUAAUGGAAAACAAAAGCAGUGCCAAAAUCAAUAAUCUUUAGGUUGGAUUCAUUAUCCAACAUUAAAUUAUCCAGCUUUACAUCUCUAUGCGCCAAUCCAACCGAAUGCAUAUAAUCAAUGCCAUGCAGUAAUUGAUAAAAUAGUUGAUCCGCUUUUUCUGCGAAGCAAUGACCAUUUACAACAAAAGAAAAUAAAUCGAAAGGAGUAUGUUCUAAAAUUUGAAUAAUAGUAUGUUUCGCAUAUAUAAUAUCGUAAACCUUUACUAUAUUUGGAUGAUUAAGGGUAGAAGCUAUCGAGUAUUCUGCGAUAAAAAAGCGAACAUAUCGACGUAAAAAUCUUUUGUCAAUAGGCGGUCGAAAUACUUUAGCGACAUGAGUACAAGAACCAUCGGGCUUUUGUAUCAGUCGUACAUAACCGCUAGCUCCUUCCCCAACAAGUUUUCCAAUUCUUCCAUACUUAGCGAGCAUAAUGUUUCUUUUGUUAGUUGGUUUUACCCUAUUAACCAGCUUAUAUUUUGUUCCAACGGUACGAAGAUGACAAAGCUGACGCAGAUCGGAAGAAUGGUUAUAACAAGUUACCUGUUCUUUUGAAUUGCGCGGCAAGUUUUCUUUUGAAGACAAUACCUGCCUUUUGAUAUAGGGGAAACCAGACAUUUUUAGUUUCAUCUUAGUAUACAUACUAUUAUAAAAUUUUUUGGUAGGUUUUUUAAAAUGAAAUUGAGGAGGAAUAUGUUUAGGAUCCGACGGUGCCUUGCGACGAUAAAUACGACUAUAAGGAUUUAUGCGAUUCUUGUUCAUCAUACAUAAAUCUGUGGAACUGCGAGGAAUUUGACUAGAACAUUGGGUGGGAGAGGACUCCUCAUCAUCAUCGCUAAAGCUUGCAGAACUAGAUAGCACCGGAUUUAAAUCAAGCUGUGACAAAUUAUCAGAGGACAUUGGUUGAUCCUGCUCGAGACUUAGCAGGGAAAGCUUAACGUUUAAGUCCCUAUUUAGAUGACUGUCAUCGUCCAUAGGAAACGGCAGAUGAUCGCGAUGGGAAUUUACACCAUAAGCACGACAAUCAAGAGAAUUUUCUUGGACAAGUUGACAAUUUGGAGUGGAGUUUCGAGAAUGGCCAAAUGUCUUUCCGGAGGAUAAUGACACCGUUUGAACAACGGGUUCGUUCUCCGAUCCCAAUUUCGAAUCACGCUUUUGAUUCACGAAAUU